UGCUGCCGCCGCCGCCGCUGGUGCCGCUGGUGCCGCUGCCGCCGCCGCUGCUCAUGAUCAUUAUUUUACCUUUUAAUUCUUUUUUUUUUCCGCUCUUGCCAAAUGCUUUGGCUCCAAGUUUCCUAUGUGUAUCUAUUGAUAUAAAUGUAUAUAUUUAUUUAUUCUAGCUGUCAGGUGUUAAAAUAAAUGCCGAAGAUUAGUCCCACGUCUCUCCCACUCUAGGAUAUAGAUUUUUAUAUAUUUAUUAUUUUAUUCUUGUUGUCUUUGAGUGAAUCGGCCGGUUUGAGGAGGCUUUUGCCACCCUCCCUUGUGUUGUUUUGGUUUUGGAAAAGGAGGUGGAGGAGAGGAAGGAGGGGAAUUAGGGGGCGGCCGGAGCCGAGAGAACGAGACAGUGUUUGGGGGGUGCUCCGGGCAAGUCUGGGGGCUGUCUGGCCCCAGACGACGGAGAGGACGCGCGCUCGCGCUCUCGCUCUUUCUGCUGCUGCUUGCGUACGGCUUGUGAUCUCGCUGGAUUCGGGCGGCUGUGUUUUUUCCCUCUUUUCUCGCUUGCAAACUGCCUUCCUCGCUCCCUCGCUCCUGCCUCCCCUUCCCUCCCUCCCUCCUCCUCCUCUCCCUCGCCUCUCCUUCCUUCUCCUCUCCCGUCCUUCUUGGUGACUCCGGGAGGCGAGGAGGGAGGCUGCCCGCUCGCUCGCCCCGCUGGCUCCCUUCCACCGGCCUCGCUCCUCUAGAUUCCCUGCCUCCGAGCCGAGAUUUGGGAGGAAAAAUGCAAGCGAACUCCUCGGGUUUUGUACCCCCCCCCAUAAGCCCAGUUGAAGUAUCGUUUCUACUAUUUCCUUUUAGAGCCGCGAUCAUCCAGACGAGAUCCGAGUGUUUUGGUGUCCCCUUGUCCUGUGUUUUGGGGGAGGUUUAGCUUGCCUGGGGGCGGGGAUGUUGAAUACUUUGAAAAUUUUUCUUUCUUGGUUGCAGUCGAGGGAGUCGGGAACCCCCGCGCGCUCCCUCUCCUCAUCCUGAGGAGAGAGGCUGGUGGCGGGACAGGGAUUUGGGGGGUGGGUGGCAAAGGGGUGCGCGUUUGCACCUGCGGUGCCGUUUAGCGUGCGGGGACUCCGGGAACCUUCACAGGACGGCCCAGCCGAGCGGGAAGGUGGCGGGAUUUCUGGCGGUCGCGGUGUUUGUGUUUUGGGCGCUGCGUGACUCGGUGUUAGCUCCCAAUGGCUGUUCCCUCGCCUCUCCUAAAUUUUGUUUUAUUUUUUCCCAUGGUGCGAGCUUUGUAAAAAGACAACUGCUGACGGGAGAGUAGCCGACGUCAGGCUUCAGGUUCCCGAGGUCCUUGCACUAGGCGAGGGGAAAAACAAACAGCCCAGCCCGCGUUCCUACGUGCAAGACCCGGGAGGAGAGAAGGGCACGCUGUGGCCCUGGAUGAGGGACCCGGAGCGGGAGGAGGGGGCGCGGGCGCGAAAGGGAGAUCUUUGUGAGUGAUUUUGCAAAAACGGAUUGCGAGGUUGGUUGGAUUUGCAACCUGUGGCUCUCCUCGAGGGAGUAAGAAUGGGGGAAGGCGGCGGCGGCGGCGGCGGCCCGGGGCGGGAGCCGGUGGGGAGUUGGAGCCUCGGAAAUGGGCUGCGCUCUAGGGCAGCGGGAGCUAGGGGCCACCCCGCUGCGAGAGGUAGUGACCGUGGUCAGUGUCUUGAGAACUGUGGAUUGCGUUGCCUCUGUGAUGCCGUGUUAUUGGAACUCUGGCGAAAAAUGGAGUUAGCGUUACAAUAAUUGAGUUUUAAAGCUCCCGCAUGGAAAACAAAAACACAACCCAGUAGAUUAAAAAAAGAAGAAGAAUGAAAAAGACCCCUUUUAUGGGGUGCCCCCUUUUGCAGUGGUUAAGAGUUGGUGGUGGGGGUCCAGCAGCUGAACGGAGAGAAAGACCCCAAAUAGGGUACUGAAAGUCCAGAGCUGUUACUGGGUCCCUGACCACUACAGAGAGCUGGUCAUCUUCCCCACCACCACCAGCAGCCACUGGAAACUGAUUUAAUCUUUUAUGGAUUUUUUUUUUCCAUUCAGUUUAUAGUUUCCAGGAGGAAAAUCUUGUAACUCUUUACUUUUUUUUAAGUAAAGUAUCAAUAGGUGCUUUUUUUUUUUUCCCGUCAAAAAAAAAAAUGGGGCAGGACAGAGGGAACCAGGGAAAGGGCUGUUUAGAAAUACAGUUUGUGGCUCUGAGCGAUGCCACCGGCUUCCUCUACAGAGACUGCCAGUUUCCCUUUUUCUUUGCAAGGUGUGUGUGGUUUUAAUAAAUAACUUGAAAAAAUAAGAGGGGGGCCGGCAAGAUGUGUCAGGAGACAGGUAUCUAUUUUGCUCACUAUUUACUACCAAGAGCCUUUGGCACUGGAACAGAACCUCGUAAAUCUGCAGCCCAAGUUGAAGUUCACCUGGCCCUAGUCCACACGCUAUUCCUGGAGGUAGCAAACAUGAGCUCAAAGGAAUGAGGUGAAAUCACAUUCUUGCUUUAAAAUAUAUACUUUUGGGGGGGGGUUAAGAAGAAAGAAUAUUGCCUCUGGGGGAGGAGGAAAUGGAAAGAGGGCUCCAGGAGAUGGGCAUUCCCUUGCUAAAAUGACUCCAGUUGGGUCCUCAGGCUGAAAUAGAAACCUGUAGAUGGGAAAUAUUUCCCCCUCCCCCCACUUAUAAAUAGAAGUUUCCAAUAUCCUGUUUGGAAGACUUUCUAAUACUGCAGGCCCAAGCAUUGGCUGAUUUUAAGGGUCUGUUGAUAGUGACAAUAAGGCUAGAAGCUGUUGGUAAACUGGGCAGCUUGAAGGAGAAGGAAGCCAGAAGAGGGAAUUCUCCAGUUGGCCUUUUCUUCUGUGCUCAACUGUGAAGGGUUUUACCCCAUGCUUUCUUGAAAAGACUCUCCAGUUUAUUCUGGGUUUGCUGGACGGGGAUGGGACUCUAAACCCUUAAGCUGUCGCUUGCUGAGCCUUGAAGAGUUCCAGUUAUUGGUUGAGUAAAUGGUAGCCAGGACUAGAUGUCAAAAUCCUUCCUUCCCUCUCUCCCCUGCUUGGUAGCCACACUCACAACCCACUUGAUUGUGAAAAACUUGAAGAGAUUUAGAGGAGGUGGUGCGGCAGCGCCACCCCUUGGUAGGUGAAACUAUUUGCAAAAGUCAAAUAUUUGAAAAACAUUGUGAAAUGACCUUAUGAGGAUUUUUUUUUCUUUAGAAAGGGGAGACAAAACUAACUUUUAAAAAAGGACUUUGUAGUUGAUUUCUCAAAUGGGGAGGAAAAGCGUUGCUUUCUAGCCAGGAUAGUGUCAUAAGAGGCAAAGAAGUUGGAGUGUGUGUGUGUGUGUGUGUGUGUGUGUGUGUGUGUGUAUGCGUGCGGGCAGGGUUGCCUAGUUGGCUUUAAGUAGGUGAGUUCUCCAGACGGAAGUAGCCUCCUUUCCCCUUGGACUUGACUUCUCAGAGCACCUGAAUUCUGUUGCCAGUCUGACACUGAGAUAAGGAGAAAUGUCUUGGUGUAAAAACAAACCAGUGAUUGAAAGUCCUGUAGUUUUGCUGGCGGUGAUGGUCGUGUCGUGGGGGCUGGGUUGGGGACGGAGGUUUCUGGAUGGCGUGGGGGCAACGGUAGGCUGGUCUGUAGCUGGGUUUGGAGCCUUCUGGGAGUCGAAACAGUGUGGCGCGUGCCGGCUUCCUGCACUGCGCAACAAGUGGGAAUGCCGCCGCAGUGAUCCGAGCGAGGGUGCCCUGUUGUGGCGAAGCCGGCCCCUUUCUCUUCGCCCCGCUGGAAGCCAGGAAUGGCUCUUCCCGGUUCUCCCUGCCUCCCAGUCUGUGACCAGCACCCCCGCCAAAGGCCAAAGUCAGCCCCUUUCCCCCCACCCUCCGCCUUUACCGAGCCGUAAGCCUGGGUGGAACCCUGCCCUUGGCCUCCAGGGCCCCUUUUCUCCGUGGGGAUCAGGAGUUUAUUCCCGACUUUCUUUGCUGGUCGACCAGUGUUUGGCAAGAAGCUCUGUUAAUACCUUCGGGUUCCAUUCUGCUUUUUGAAGACAAGCGCACCCUUUCCUUCCCUUCUAAUACAUUCAGCCUUUCGGGCUGGAAAAACUAACGUGUAAUAAUACAUGAACGCAGCUCCAGAGACCGCGUUGUUGUUGCUAGAGGAGUGAGCAUCGGAAAGAACGGAAUUACGUCUAGUAAAUUAAAUGUUUUGCAGCGUUGCUUCUAGAGGCAACCUCCUCCCGCUAACAGACCGAAAAAAAAAAAGUGGGGGGCAGUCGUUUGUGGAAGGCUGUGGCUGCGCGGUGAUUUUUCAAACGGACUGAGUCUGCCACCUAGUGGUAGAUCGUAGCCGAAUUCCCCCCCCAGCUUGGGCGCUGGACCGACCCUGUCACCUUCCCAAGUAGCCCUACCGGGUGCUAGGCUGACAGAGGAGGGCAACAUCCAAUGAGGAUGACAUCUCACCGCCAAAAUUUUGGUAAGGCGGAUGAAAAUUCGGAAGCCUCCAGACGCUUGCCGUGUCCACCACGGUCGCUCAGCGAGUGGCAUCGGCCUCCACUAAGAGAACCUUAAUGAAAUAACCCGUUUUGAACACACUAUCUUUCUGUCGCUGUGCCGUCUCCCUGGGUGAAGUGGGUAGUGGAGGGAUGCAUGGAGGCUCUAAGACAUAAAGCUCUUUACAGCUGAGAAAACAGGCGGCCUCAUGAGGGGGGCCUGUUGCUGGUGGUGAGUUAGUACACUAACCGGGAUCAGAUUUUUACCUCCUGAAUUGCAGGUCAGUGACUUAAAGUCAAAGGUCAGCUUAUCUCCGCUCCUUUGAAGUAUUUAACAGAAAGGAGCAGCACUAAGAGAUACCCAUGAUUUUAAUGUCUCAGGUCAGGUAGCUGGGAACAGUUCCCCAGGUGUUUUGGAGGAAUUUUAGAAAGUACAGCGUAACAUUCUCAGUGACAGAUACGGAAAGCCUAGGAAAGCCUACCGCAGUGCUGAGGGGUAGGGGUCCCAGAUCUUGAGGAGGGUGCCUGUGUUAGUGAGUGAUUAAGUCCCAGUCCCUAGGCUUGCAGAGAUGCAACUCGCUUCGCCCGAGGCUCACAUUUGGAUUCUGAAAUCACCCUCUUCCCCUUCCUUCCAAGCUGCCUAGUUGCUUGGCCAGAGAUCAGUUCCGUGUGUGUGUGUGUGUGUGUGUGUGUGUGUGUGUGUGUGUGUCGGGGGUGGGGGGGUCAUAUGGACAGUCAGGGUGUAAUCGUCAUAGAAUUUGGGCCACAAUUGCUCUUAUUAAGCAAAGUUUUAUUUUCUCGGAGUUCAAAACUUACGUUGGCAAAAGCGCGUAGGGGUGCCGGCGACCCCUAGCGACAGCCGCCGGCGCGCGCACUUGCGGGAGAUGCUGCGGUCUCACACCGCUCUGGUCCGAGGGAAUCGAGUUCAGCCUCUCCCACUGCGGGAGCAGUCGGAGGCCGCGUCGGAGAAACGCGCCUCUGUUCGGGUUGGAAACGAAUCUGGGGAUGUGUUUGAAGAGCGGUCAAGUUUGACUCAUCGCUUUCCAAGGACAGUUAGUACCUUCCAUCUUCAUUAACGUGAAUAAAGACCUUGGCUGACUUUUGUCCAGAUCGGAUUUUUAAAGGCAUUGUUUGCUUGGGGACAUCAUGCCGCUCCCCUCCCCCGGCAGCCUUUUUGCAAAAGCAGAGCCCAGUCCAGCCUGGAUGGCCGAGAUAUCUUUGCUCGGGGACGUGGUUUGCUGGCAUUGUGUGCCGGCUCUUUCUGGAAGGCUGUCGCGAGCUGGGCGCAUGGGGAGCGUCCCUUCUGCAGCUCCUCUUCAGAUCUUGAUGAUAAAACACAUCCCUCUAUUUUAUUGCAUUUCCUAGAAGCUUGCAGGCUUGAAAGAGCGCUGUUGGCAGGAAACGUGAUAGAAAUAAAGUCAGGACACAAUGUCCCCGAACACCUUGGUCACCCAAAGCUACUGCUGAGGCUACCGCGUUAUCAAAUUCGCUUUCAUUUAUUGUCUUCUCCUCCGCCCUCCCGCCCCCCAGUCAAGAGAGCGAAGAGUGUUUCACCCUUAAAACAAAAACAAUGGCGCGGUUUAACCACACCCCCUACCGCUGGACCACCGUGGCUAAACUGGGGCCUCUGGUUAGCUGAGCCGCUGCGCAGAAAAGGAGCGCUCCUGCAGGAACCCUGAUGCUGGUUUCACUACGGCAGCUCCAGCCUUAUUAAAAUCCCUACUUCCUGCCCCUAAACAGUGCUUUGCGCUUCCAGAUUCUCCUUUGGAUUUCUCAGCGAGUUACUGGAGUUAUUAGAUUACCAAUAAUCCAACGGCCGGCCGGCAUUAGAGAAGGGGUGGUGGUGGGGGGGUGCGAAAGGCAUUCUCCAAAUCUGGAGACUGUGUCUAAAGUAGGUCAAUGGGAAGGAGAGGCGGGGCUACACGGGUGUGGGUUUCAAGCCUUGAUGGAGGGCUCUCUCUAGUGUUUAGCUGCGGUAAGACAUGAUUAGGUUUGAGCUCCCGGAACCACGGGAAUCCUAAUUCCUAAUAAGUGCAUGUACUUAAUUUUAACUUCCCUUCCUAGAUACUCACCCCAUUCCAUAUUAAAUUUCAACCUUCGCUUUCACCUUUAUUCCACCGGACGAAGGGAUGAGAAAGUCUCAAAGUAGGACUUUCCGAGGUGGACGAGGCCCAGUCUUUACCGACGGCCCUGACCCCGCCUCCGCCGCUGAUGGGAUGCGCGGCGCAGUGUGACGCCACCCGCCGGUUUCAGAACUGGCCUGCGGCCUUGGGCGCUGCGUCUUUCGAGCCCCUGGCCCCGGAAAAUUCCUCUCGGAGCCCACUAUUAAGACCAAUUAGGAGAGGGCGCCCAGGGGUUAUAAUUCCAAGGAAGGCCCAGAGAAAGCGAGGCAUCCUUGGAGUCAGCGCCCCGGCCUCCGCGGAAUCCUUACCGCGUCUCUACGGUUUCGGAGAAAUCGGAUUCCGAAAUCCCGAAACUUGGCCAGGUUCGGCCUGGCAUCUCCUAUUCUAAAGACUUUGGGCGGAAACAGAGCCUAGCAGGGUUCCCCUAUUUGCCAACGUAGGCGGAAGGGGCUUUCGGUUUGGUUUUCCUACAAGUCGUCUGGCACGCGCUGGAUGGAGACCCUCAAUCCUAGGGACUCCCAUCUUUUUGACCUUGACGCCUGGCCUAACCACCCUCUUAAAGGGGGCGGAGGCAAGCAAAAAACAAAAAGCAAAAAUAAAUAAAUGACGCACCAGGCAAACAAAGCCAGAAUUGGGCAAUUUGAAGUCAUAAAGUGAGCCUCAGAUUGGACCCGAAUUCCUGGGUUCUAGACCGGCUCGGCUACUAACUUGUGUGACUUACCCCAUUUAUAAAACUGUUAUGGGGAAGGGUUGCGCCGGGUGAACUCAGAGUCCUGGACCGGGUGCGGGUGAGGGAUUUAGGGGAAAGUGUGCCUAUUCCCCCGCGAGCCUCCCCGGGCGGCCCCCCCUCCUCGGGUGAAUCCCCGGCGGCCCUCGCGGCGCAGGCGGCGAUCCUGGCGGCCGUCAGGGGCCGGCAGCUUCCUGGAAAGUUACUUCUCGUUGGAGCCGGCGGUAGGCAGAGAGCGUUCUGUGAAAUCCGCUGAGCUGAGAUCGACUACAUUCCGGGAAUGAGAGGGCUGUGCCAUUCCCCUCACUACCCCCUGCCUUGACGGCGUAACAGGAAAAAAAAAAAAAAAGCACACACAAUGUUAGCUACUGAAGUGCACGAAACGUUUUAUUUGAAUGCAACCAAAUUAAGGGCUGCCACGAUCUCACCACGGGGCCUCCGACGCGCCUGCGGGGGCUUCGCGGCAGAUGGGCAGCGGCGCCCGCAGAACGCCCGGGGGUGGGCGGUCCCUGGCGGGCAGGUACGGUAAGGUCGGGGUCGGCGGAUCUAGCCUGGGCUUGCCGCGGAGCGCAGGGCUCGGCUUUGUGCCCCUGUGUGCGCGCGCGCGAGGAAACGGCUGCUUAGUGCCCGAGUGGAGGAGCUGGGAAAAAGGAUGGAUGGGAGUUUUCGUAUUGGCUCACUCUCGCUCUUAACCUCGCCUCUCCUCCUCUCACCUGCUCUCUAGUUACCCUGCUUUCGCCUUCUGCUGUUUUCACUUCCCUCUCUGCCUUUUUCAGAGGGAAGGGUCCCUCUUUUUUCAUCUCCAACUCCUUUAAAAGAUCUGCCUUCUCUUCAAGGUGCCUAAUUGCAAAUCCAGAGAUUUUGAAAAGGCAGAAGAGAGAAAGUGUGUGGGUGGAAAGACAACGUUUAGGUCUGGCUGGGUGUUAACUGCGGCUGGGGCGGGAUGGGGGUCCAGAGAGUCCAGGCCUGGGCCCUUGCAGUCGUCAGUGUCAGUUUCUCUUUGACAGCCUUGCUUUCUUGGCAGUUGUUUUUGUGUUAUGAGUAUUGCGUGUGGCAUCCGUGGGAUGGCUGAAACUAGGGGACGGAGUUUGUCCAGGACUUUGCUGGAGAUUAGUUUUCAGUCUUGGUCGAGGCUUACCUGGUAGAGCCUCGGUGACUUUCUCAGUCAAUCAGGGCUGUUAUAGGGAUCCCAUACAGUAACGGAUGGGAAAGGGCUGAGUGGUCCCUAAGAAGCAAAAUAGCUGUAGGUGCUUCCACACUUGCAGCAUCCAGAGGGAGGCCUGGCUUCCCACAUCCACCAUAACACACACUCAGUAGCUGUGGGGCCUCCUGAGUUAGAGCUAGCUGAAGAAGGAGUGGACUUAAUAGGAACGUGGUCCUCAGUGUAUGUGCAUUUGUUUUUAACCAAGCAGAGGUGGAGGAUGAAAAUGGCCCAGGCCCAGGGCCAGGUUCACAAGUAGACCCCUGAGAAUGGGGAAUGUUUUGUUUGUUUGUUUCAAUGUGCAUAUGGAAUGAGUCAUUGCCACUUGCCAAGGUGAAAUGGCAAAUUUGGGCUUCCCGUGGUUCCAAAAGUCUGUGACUGGGAAUUCACAAGCGAGCUGGUAGUUGAAGCUGGCUAAAGGACAGCCUUAGGUAUUCCAGAAGUGUUGAGGGAUGUCUUUCAUGGGGGAAGAGGAGACGGUUUAUAAAUGAAACUCUCAUGUGUCUUCAGCAUUCUUUUUCAACGGGGACAAUCACUGAACUUUGGUUAGGAACGAUCUAGUGUAUCUCUCUUUGCUCAUCUUGAGUUAGGAUGGGAGAGGAGGAAAUAGGUUCUUUGGUCUCUUUCUGUCCUCUCCCUUCCCCCAUUCCCUUCCCUCAUCCUCACUCACUCACAUGCACACAUUAACCUUGAAGCCGAUGGGAUUGAGUGACUGGCACUUGGGACCACAGAGAAAUGUCAGAGUGUUUGGUUACAGACUCAAGGAAACCUCUCAUUUUAGAGUGCUCAUUUGAUUUUAAGCAAAAUUUUGGACUGUGAAUCAAGGCAUUGGGUGAAGACAAAAUGGCCUCCCCGGCUGACAGCUGUAUCCAGUUCACGCGCCACGCCAGUGACGUUCUUCUCAACCUUAAUCGCCUCCGGAGCCGUGACAUCUUGACUGAUGUUGUCAUCGUGGUGAGCCGUGAGCAGUUCAGAGCCCAUAAGACAGUCCUCAUGGCCUGCAGUGGCCUGUUCUACAGCAUCUUCACAGACCAGCUGAAGUGUAACCUGAGUGUGAUUAACCUGGAUCCCGAGAUCAACCCCGAGGGUUUCUGCAUCCUCCUGGACUUCAUGUACACGUCCCGGCUCAAUCUGCGGGAGGGCAACAUCAUGGCCGUCAUGGCCGCGGCCAUGUACCUGCAGAUGGAGCACGUCGUGGACACUUGCCGGAAGUUUAUCAAGGCCAGUGAAGCAGAGAUGGUUCCUGCCAUCAAGCCUCCCCGUGAAGAGUUCCUGAAUAGCCGAAUGCUGAUGCCCCAAGACAUCAUGGCCUAUCGGGGCCGUGAGGUGGUGGAGAAUAAUCUGCCGCUGAGGAACGCCCCCGGCUGCGAGAGCAGAGCCUUCGCCCCCAGCCUGUACAGCGGCCUGUCCACCCCACCGGCCUCUUACCCCGUCUACAGUCACCUCCCCGUCAGCAGCUUCCUCUUCUCCGACGAGGAGCUGCGGGAUGCCCGGAUGCCUGUGGCCAACCCCUUCCCUAAGGAGCGGGCCCACCCCUGCGACAGUGCCAGGCCCGUCCCCGGGGACUACAGCCGGCCGGCCGUGGAGCUAUCUCCCGGUGUGUGCCACAGCAUCAUCUACUCACCCAAGGAGGCGGCCCCGGAGGAGACACGCAGUGACAUGCACUACGGCGUGGCCGAGGGCCCCAAGCCCGCCGUCCCCUCGGCCCGGAAUGCCCCGUACUUCCCCUGUGACAAGGCUGGCAAGGAGGAAGAGAGGCCCUCCUCAGAGGAUGAGAUCGCCCUGCAUUUCGAGCCCCCCAGUGCACCCCUGAACCGCAAGGGUCUGGUCAGUCCACAGAGCCCCCAGAAGUCCGACUGCCAGCCCAACUCGCCCACGGAGUCCUGCAGCAGCAAGAAUGCCUGCAUCCUCCAGACCUCCGGUUCCCCUCCAGCCAAGAGCCCCACCGACCCCAAAGCCUGCAACUGGAAGAAAUACAAGUUCAUUGUGCUCAACAGCCUCAACCAGAAUGCCAAACCGGAGGGGCCCGAGCAGGCCGAGCUGGGCCGCCUUUCCCCUCGAGCCUACACCGCCCCACCGGCCUGCCAGCCACCCAUGGAGCCCGAGGGCCUUGACCUCCAGUCCCCAACCAAGCUCAGCGCCAGCGGGGAGGACUCCACCAUCCCACAGGCCAGCCGGCUCAAUAACAUUGUCAACAGGUCCCUGACAGGCUCCCCCCGCAGCAGCAGCGAGAGCCACUCACCGCUCUACUUGCACCCCCCCAAGUGCACGUCCUGCGGCUCUCAGUCCCCACAGCACGCAGAGAUGUGCCUCCAUACCGCCGGCCCCACAUUCCCCGAGGAGAUGGGAGAGACCCAGUCUGAGUACUCGGAUUCCAGCUGUGAGAACGGGGCCUUCUUUUGCAAUGAGUGUGACUGCCGCUUCUCUGAGGAGGCCUCACUCAAGAGACACACGCUGCAGACCCACAGUGACAAACCCUACAAGUGUGACCGCUGCCAGGCCUCCUUCCGCUACAAGGGCAACCUCGCCAGCCACAAGACCGUCCAUACGGGUGAGAAACCCUAUCGUUGUAACAUUUGUGGAGCCCAGUUCAACCGGCCAGCCAACCUGAAAACCCACACUCGAAUUCACUCUGGAGAGAAGCCCUACAAAUGCGAAACCUGUGGGGCCAGAUUUGUACAAGUGGCCCACCUCCGUGCCCAUGUGCUCAUCCACACUGGAGAGAAGCCCUAUCCCUGUGAAAUCUGUGGCACCCGUUUCCGGCACCUGCAGACUCUGAAAAGCCAUCUGCGAAUCCACACAGGAGAGAAACCUUAUCAUUGCGAGAAGUGCAACCUGCAUUUCCGUCACAAAAGCCAGCUGCGUCUUCACUUGCGCCAGAAGCACGGCGCCAUCACCAACACCAAGGUGCAAUACCGCGUGUCCGCCACUGACCUGCCCCCGGAGCUCCCCAAAGCCUGCUGAAGCAUGGAGUGUCGAUGCUUUCCAUUCGAGUCCCUUCUCAGAAUCUACCCAAAGGAUACUGUAACACUUUACGAUGUUCAUCCCAUGAUGUAGUGCCUCUUUCAUCCACUAGUGCAAAUCAUAGCUGGGGUGGGGUGGGGGGGAGGGGCGUGACGGGGGGCCAAGGCGGCUCCCCUUCCCCCACUGCCAUAAAACAUUAAGAAAAUAAUAUUGCUUCUCCUAUGUGUAAGGCAAACCAUGUCAGCAAAAAGCAAAAUCAUUUUAUAUAUCAAAGUGGGGGAGUGUGCAGAAGUUCUGACUUGACUUGGUCUGCAAAAUGAGGAAUAUAUGUUUUGUGGGGACAGACGUUUCUUUUGUAUGUAAAUGUGCAUUCUUUUAAAAGAAGAGACUUUCGGUAUGUUAUCAAAGAGAGGGCUUUAAUUUUUUUAACCAAAGGUGAAGGAAUAUAUGGCAGAGUUGUAAAUAUAUAAAUAUAUAUAUAUAUAAAAUAAAUAUAUAUAAACCUAAAAAAGAUAUAUUAAAAAUAUAAAACUGCGUUAAAGGCUCGAUUUUGUAUCUGCAGGCAGACACGGAUCUGAGAAUCUUUAUUGAGAAAGAGCACUUAAGAGAAUAUUUUAAGUAUUGCAUCUGUAUAAGUAAGAAAAUAUUUUGUCUAAGAUGCCUCAGUGUAUUUGUAUUUUUUUGCAAGUGAAGGUUUACAAUUUACAAAGUGUGUAUUAAAAAAAAAAACACAAAAAAGAACAAAAAAAAAAGCUGCCGAAGGAAAAAUGUGUAGUUUUGUUCUAGUUUUCGGUUUGUAUAUACCUGUACAACGUGUCCUACGGUGCCUUUUUUCAUGGAAGUUUUCAGUGAUGGACAAGCGCGCCAUCCUUUCUGAAGUGUAGGCAGACACAGGGACUUGAAGUCGUCGCUAGCUAAGCUCUCUUUGGGAAUGUUUGUCUCAUCACAUUCUGCGUCAUGCUUGUGUUAGAACUACUCCGGAGACAGGGUUUGGCUGUGUCUAAACUGCAUUACCGCGUUGUAAAAUAUAGCUGUACAAAUACAAGAAUAAAACGUUGAAAAGUCAA